UCCGUUCCGAUGUUUGGGCUAUAAAUAUGUUGGGAUGCUCGGGUAUCAAAUUAGUUCUAUAGUCAGCUUUGUCAGCAGAACAACAAUCUCAUCAUGAAAUUCUUCGCCAUCGUUUCGUUCGCCUUCUUGGCUCUGGUUGCCGGUGAUGUCGCCCACCUGAGCAAGACUUAUCUGCCUCCUCGUCAGAUUGCUGCUGCCACCUACACCGCACCCGUGGUCAGUGCCGCUCCCGCUCCCUCCUUCGUCGCCAGCCAGCAAUAUGUUGCUCCAGCUGCCAGCUACCAGAGCGCAUCUUUUGCCGCUCCAGCUCCUGCUGUUGAGAGCUUCGCCAGCGAGUCUUCCUAUGUGGCUCCUGCUGCCACCCAGACUGUCUCCUACACCGCUCCAGUGGCCAAGACUUAUGCCGCCCCCGCUGCCGCUAGCUUCGAGUCGUCAUACGUAGCUCCAGCUGCCACCCAGACUGUCUCCUACACCGCUCCAGCUGCCAAGACCUAUGCUGCUGCUCCCGCUGCCAGCUUCGAGUCCUCGUAUGUUGCCCCAGCUGCCACACAGACCGUGUCCUACACUGCUCCAGUUGCCAAGACCUAUGCCGCCGCUCCUGCUGCCAGCUUCGAGUCCUCGUAUGUUGCCCCAGCUGCCUCCCAGACUGUUGCCUACACCGCUCCAGUUGCCACGUUCGCCGCCAAGUCUUAUGCUGCUCCUGCUGCCAGCUUCGCCAGCGAGUCCUCGUACGUUGCCCCUGCUGCCACCCAGACCGUCUCAUACACAGCUCCCGCUGCCAAGACCUAUGCCGCACCUGCUGCCAGCUUCGAGUCCUCAUAUGUUGCCCCAGCUGCCACCCAGACUGUGUCAUACACUGCCCCAGCCGCAGCCACCUUCAAGGCCACCACUUAUGAGGCUCCUGCUGCUGCCACCUUCACCAGCGAGUCGUAUGCCGCUCCAGCUCCAGUUGCCGCUGCCUCCUACACAGCUCCUUCAUACUCCAGCUCUGGCAUCGACACCGUUUACGGAUCCAACGGUGGCUACGUCUAUGCCAGACGUCGUUAAGUUAACGCGAUAGAAACACAUUUUUUUUUUUUAAUUGCUAACGAAUAAAAACCC